UGCGUGCGCGUGGGUCUUCAUGACCCCCAAGUGGUGGCAAAGUGGGACCGUCUCUGUAUGAAUUUGUAUGCUGAGGGGUGCGCGUUUCUCCAUGCAUCUCAGGAGGAGGUGCAACGUCGUGCCUCCGGCGCUAUGAGUAUCUUGAGGAAGUCUUUUGCCACGGAGAAGACGUGCUAUCUAAUAGAUUUUCGACGGCCACUUCAAAUGUCAUCCCAAGAGGCCACUCUUCUUAGAGACGCUGCAGCAAGUACAGAUCUUUGCGUCCCCCGAGAAGAUUUUACCCCGAUUCGUGUGGCGUGUUUCUUGAAGCAUUAUACUGGAAGGGAAGGGUGCAACUCUUCCGUAAGCUUCCCCUUUGCUUCAGUUUCUAGUGUGGUGUCCAUUGCGCAACGGCAUCGCUAUGCUGACAUCGCAAUAGAGCUUAUUCGAACGGGGUCGGCGCCAAGUUUGGGCGAUGACUCGUUGCUGCUAUGGGGGACUGAACUGGAGUGCCUUAUUAACAGAGCGGUGGGGAGCGACGGUGCAGGUGUAGAAUGUGCACCACGAGAGCGGGCUUCCACGCAUGUACACUUCGGAGUGCCGUGCCCGCUACUGCAUGAAAUUGCUCAGGAAUGGCGUGCCACAGACGUGCUGCGGAUCCUUGCGUCAUCACAGACGGUUGAAGAUAAGCUGCCGGCGGGAUUGACGAUGAUCCGUGGCGACAGAACGAUUGGUCAUCAAAUACUGCGAGACAAAAUUGCUCCUUCUUUUGUCCUUGAUGGACUCUCGCGUCUGAUCGUCUUCUUAGUGGAUGAGGGGGAUCUGCCACUUGCAAGGUGUUUUAUUCCUCUUGUGGCGGGCAUCUGUGAGCGGAUGUCGUCACAGGCAAAUAUUCUUGUAACUUUACAUGCGAUUGCUGCUUUUGCACAGGGCUGCCACUAUGAUGAUACGGAUGGAUACUGGACGGCUGUUACCCGCGUCCUACUCCCAGUGCUUCUGCCCCGCUCUUCCGGAAUGUCACCGCCGUAUCGGCAAACGAAAUCAGUAGUUGCGGGACGCACAUUUUCUUCGCGGCGUCGUGUGUUUGAUGCAUUUUGCGGCACUUUUCACACGAGAGAAAAUGUUCAUUCGCAUUGCCAGCUGCAGGUGCUUUUGACAAGCGAUCAUGAGGGUGUGCAACUCAGCCGUAGCAGCAGUGUGGAGGGGAUGACGGUGUGGGAGAAGGUUUUGCCAGUUGGAAGGACUUUGCUGGAAAUGGUGGCGAGGAUGCGUGAAAUAGAGGCGCAGAACCGGCGGCACCUUGAAGCUGCCCUCUACAACAAGGAGGUCUCUUUGUUGGGGAAGGAGAAGAUGGAGGCGCCUUCCGACGCCACGGAAGCAUUCAGCAACAGUGAGGUGGAGAGGCAAAGCAGAAAGGCGAGAGCUGAGUGGUGGGAGCAGCGACACGCGUUCGACAGCGCAAUGCGAAAGGUUGUCGAGAAGCUGCAAUCCGACGAGUGUUUUGGAUGCUGGCGUGUGGCGAUGUGCGGUGAUUUGUCCCCUUCCUGUCUUUUAGAGCUGAAACAGGUGGCCGCCCAAUUGCUUCAUGACAUUGGCGCACCCGCGCACCAUGUGUUGGACCUGACGCUGAUUUUGGCUGGACUUCCCUUCUUGGGGACGCGCUGUUGCGCCGGAGGCAAAUUGUUAUUUAGUCCGUCCCACGGAAGUGCGGAGGGCAAAUGUGCCUCGUGUGAUGAGGUAUUGUGCAAUCUCUCUGAGGCGCUGGAAAUUGAGCUUCUCAAAAAUGGCAUUGCUGCACCUUCAACUGGUCUUCUUUCUGCUUUGCGUGGAGCGUGCCUCUCCGCACUAGCAAAGAUGUGUAAAGCGAUUUCAGUUGCAUGUGAGUCGGAAUUGGGGCAUUUGGAUCUGUUUUCUCUUUCGCGCUCCUCUUUAUACCUUGUAUUGGACAAUGAACUUCAUGCUCUUCCACUUGAGGGCAUGGAUGUCCUGUUGGCCGGAAAUGUUGCCCGUGUUCCAACAUCGACAUUCAUUUCCACUAGUAAAGCAGAAUCAUUAGAUAUUUGUGACGGCGGAGUGUAUUGUGUCAUUGACCCCGCUGGUGACAUGCCAAAGACAUCAAAACGUCUUCUCCCUGUCUGCCGGAGAACUGGAUGGAAGGCAAGUACGCAGUCUGUGCCAUGCGGCGAGCUUAUGCACGAGCUUUACUCAUAUCGUGCAAAAGCUUAUGUUUAUGUCGGGCACGGAAAAGGGGAACGCUUCCUACACCGCGGAGAACUGUAUGAACGGCUUCCUGAUCCAGACGAGUUUCCUGCUGUCUUCCUUAUGGGCUGCAGCAGCGCGUAUAUGGAGGGUGGCGCCUCAUAUGAUUCGUACGGUAUGCCCUACGCCUUUUUACAUGCGGGAUGUCCAUUGUUUCUGGGAUGUCUGUGGCAUGUGACCGAUGGUGAAAUUGAUCGAUUGACAAAACGACUCCUAUUAUUGCUUGCAGGAGAAGCUGUUAAUGAUGGUGAUGGUGCUUCAUUACUCCCUCCGCGGACCGUUGGAGAGGCUCUCGCAUUAGCAAGGCGUGCCUGUAAGCUGCCAUUUCUCACGGGGUGCGCCGCAGUUCUGUACGGCACAAAUCUUUCCUUGGAGAGAACCGUUGAUGGAUGA